CCUCCAGUCUUAUUGUCGGCUGCUGAACUGGGGCUGGAACUGAACGCCUUUCGCUGGUUCCUGCGCAGGGGGACCGGGGACCGAGGACCGAGAAAAGCAUAUGAUUCGGGCGUAGAUCCAAGUAAGAGCUAGCGCUGAAUGUGUCUCAGACUCCUGGGGAACUUGAAACGCUCACGCUCACGCCUCCUGCUGGUGGAGCCGUGGGAGGCGCGGGCAGGCACCCAGUUCUCAGCGAGAGCACCGGCGCUCAGUGGCAUGCCCAGGCCUGCGCCGAGGGGGGCUUGAGAAGCGACGGACGAAGGCUUGGCUCCGCGGACGGCCGAACGAUGCCACUCGGUCUGGGUCGGAGGAAGAAGGCACCGCCGCUUGUGGAGAACGAGGAGGCGGAGCCGAUUCGGGCGGGCCUUGACGUGGCGGGGCUGGACAGCGUGGGGGCCGGCGGCGCCCGGGAGGGGGCUUCCCUGGGGACGGUCACCCCAGGCCUUCCUCCUCCUCCAGCCAGCCUCAGGCCGCGGCUGGUCUUCCACACGCAGCUGGCCCACGGGAGUCCGACCGGGCGCAUCGAAGGCUUCAGCAACGUGCGGGAACUCUACGCCAAGAUCGGGGAAGCCUUCGGGAUCCUCCCGGCUGAUGUGAUGUUCUGCACACUGAACACCCACAAGGUGGACAUGGAGAAGCUACUGGGUGGCCAAAUCGGGCUGGAGGACUUCAUCUUCGCCCAUGUGAAGGGCCAGAGGAAGGAGGUGGAUGUGUUUAAGGGCGAGGAUGCCCUGGGACUCACCAUUACGGACAACGGGGCCGGAUAUGCUUUCAUCAAGAGAAUUAGAGAAGGAAGCAUCGUUCACCAAAUGCAGCUCGUCAACGUCGGGGACAUGAUCGAAUCCAUCAACGGGAAGAGUCUGAUUGGCUGCCGACACUACGAAGUGGCCAAGAUGCUGAAGGACCUGCCUAGGGGGCGGAACUUCUGCCUCAAACUGGUGGAGCCCCUGAAGGCCUUUGAUAUGAUCAGCCAGAGAUCUGGGGGUGCCCGAGCUGGAUCCGGAGGGGGCCAGUUGGGGACGGGGCGAGGGACACUGCGUCUGAGGUCCAAAGGGCCGGCUACUGUGGAGGAAUUGCCAUCUGCUUUUGAAGAGAAGGCCAUUGAGAAGGUUGAUGACCUCCUGGAGAGCUACAUGGGAAUCAGAGACAGCGAGCUGGCGGCCACCAUGGUGGAGGUGGGCAAGGACAAACGUAACCCUGACGAGUUCGCCGAGGCUCUGGACGAGACCCUGGGUGACUUCGCCUUCCCUGACGAGUUCGUGUUCGACGUCUGGGGGGCCAUCGGCGACGCCAAGGUGGGCCGGCUGUAACCGCGGAGACCGGAGGUCACGUCCCGGGCGUCGUUCCCGACCACCAACUCCCCGAACGAGCAUCACGCCUUCGCUUUGUUUUCCGAACAGGGAGCUUCAUGUAGGACGUUGUGGGGUCGUCGUCCAGGCUACUUUGCCCUUUAACCUUUGACCUUUUGCCCUACGUGCCGUUUUCCUGUGGUUAGAGAAAUGAGGGACUGAGUCUGCCAUUCUUGGACCACAGAAGACCACCGUUCCUUUACCCGUUCACACUACAAGCUCUGGGUUAGUCUUAAUUUAAAAGCAAAGCAAUGUGGUUUACUGUAACCAGGACACACUGUUACCGACCCUGACUGAGACCUCAUUACACACAUAAGCCUGAUUUUAACCUUCUUUCCAGUAAGGCUUUCCUUUUUGCUGUUUUUUUUUUAAUUAUCAUAAUUUUUUUUUACCUGAAAUGAAGGAGGGAGACCACCCCCCCCCCACCCCCCCAAUGAACUUGGCCAAACGGUGGUAUUCGCCUAUACUGUCAGCAGUGUGUUUUUUUUUCUCUUUCUUUUACCCAUGAAGAAGCACUGCACUGCUCGUUAACCGAAAACCUUGGUAUCGCAAUAGUAUUUGUGGGCCUGGUGACUGAGUUUCCCCGUGCUGCCUGUAGGGGGACUCAGUGUUCAGCACCACGGCCUCUCGUCUCUAGGGCUGGGAAUUCGAAUCCCGUCCCUGUCUUUGUCCAUGUGUAGCUGGCAUUCUCCCCGUAUUCAGGCGGUUAGGUGAGUUUCCGUCUCGCCGUGUCAGUGUCCCCUGGCCCGUGCCCCUUGCAUCCUGGAAUGGACACUGAUUCACUAUUACCCUGUUCUGGAGAUGUGGUAUGCAACAUAGGUAGAUGUACUACAGUAUAAAUACUAUAGCAUAUUUCAGCUUUUGUAUGAAUAGCACCCGAUCACUGGAACACAUGUACUAUAACCCUGCACAUAAGAAGCUGAACAUGGUCAUGUGAUGCAGGAACUGACUGAUCGCAUGGUGAAGUUCUGUGACAAGUCAUAUGAUGAAGGAUUUGAAGUUGCCAAAAUAACUACAUAAAUAAUAAGUUUCCUAGUGCUGAUGCAUGCUUGUAUAUUUUUAUAUAUAAAUGAUGUAGGAAAUGUAUGAAGGUAAGGAUGUGGCAGCAUAUGAAGCUUUUUAAAUAAAAGAAAUAAAAUGAGGGGGAAUUGAGACUUUAAACCCCACGGUGGGCGGCGUUACGGUGCCGUGUCAGUCACUGACUGGUUUGAACCACUACAUACUGGUGCUAUUUAGGGUGCAGCCAGGCAGUAAAUGACACCACGUGACAAUCACACUCGCUGUGCAUUUUUAAAACCUCAGUUUCCCCCAUCGAUCUAGCAUAAGACACUAGUAGGAAAAGCGCAUUUAAAAGCAGAUAUACUGAUAAAAUGAUACGAGACUUGGAUUUCAGUAGUGGGCACUUUGGCAGGGAGCAUUUAUAUAAUAAUGUAAAGGUUUGAUGUUUCAGUUCGGAAGAAUUGAAAUUUUUGAACAAGUCUUUGGGUAAGCGAUCAUGGACCACUGGAUGGAUGACAGACAGAUUUUUUUUUUUCUUUUAACCAGUGGGGGUGGCUGGAACAAUCCGGAGGGGUUCUGAUGGUUUUAUUUUUUUCUCUGACAAGCAUAAAGGGCGUGAGUGCUGCUGACAGCCUAUGACAUGUGUACUUUUGAGCCCUUUGGGAGGAAAAUCCUGCUCUAAGGACCAUCUGUCACCAUGGGAACACUGUCUGACUUUGAUUUGGGCUACGACGAUUUGUCCCAGCCUGCACCUAUUUUUGUAACGACUAAUCCAUGUUUUGUGUGCCCCAUGUGAGAAAGCCUAGUCAUAUACUGCAGUUUAUUGUUACAUGCUUUUGUAGUGGUAUGUUUUGAGAGAAUUUCACACUAACGCUGUUUAACAGUAUUAUUACUGAAUCGCUAUGUGGAAGAGGACUGAUUAAAUGUUACUAAACUCGCACUGAAAAAAGUUA